AUGAGUAAAAAGUUCAAAUCUCAGGCCUCGAGUAGCCGCGCCGCUACGAGUGCCUUUAGCUCAUUUGGGGCGUUUUCUUCGUCUGCUAGCUCAGGGAGGGAACCGUCGUCUCUCACAUAUGUGACGGAGCCGCCCAAUCUGUCGCAGAUUUCGGAGCCACAGUUGGCAAUCGCAUUCAAGAACUUCCUGAAAAAGGAUGAAGUCACACGAACGAAAGCACUAGAUGACCUGAAGGAUUAUGUUGCGAGUGUAGAAUCUCGCAAGGGGACCCUCGAUGACGGAUUUCUGGAAGCUUGGGUCAAAAUAUAUCCCCGGGCGUCAAUCGACAUCUCCCGGAGAGUGAGACAAAAUGCUCAUUUCACACAAGGGUCCAUUGCAUCCCUUGUAGGGAAGCGAAUUGUCCGCUUUUUACCCAAGGUUAUUGGGCCAUGGAUUGCUGGAGUCUACGACAACGACAAGCCCGUGCAUCGAUCUGCUGUGGAGUCAUUUACUCGUGUGUUCUCCACCGAUGAAAAGAGAAAUGGUGUCUGGAAGGUCUACCAGAGCUCGAUCCUUGGGUUUGUAGAUGAUGUAGUCCUUCAGCAGACUGCCCUGACUCUGAGUGACGAGAGGACGGUCAAGCCAGACGAUGCGGAAGCGAAGUAUGCUCGUGUGGUAGGAACUGCGCUUUUGUUGUUCAAUCGGAUCUUAGUAGGAAAUGCAGCAGCGGAGGAUCUGGAAAAAGACCUCGUCACGAUCGAAACACUACUAGGUAGUAAAUCGUUGUGGGCUCUUUGUUAUCACGAAGAUCCGUUUGUGCGCAAGUCGAUAUAUACCCUUCUCAGAGCAGCGGUGUCGAAAGGCCCGGAACUGCUGGACUGGAAGCUUGUAAGUGCCGCUGUGAUCGGCAAGUCUUUGCAUAUCUCUCAGCUUGGGUCUUCCUCGGAUCUUUCCGAGUCGCUCCUGCGGAUGACAUCUGUGCGGCCUCAAUUAUGGAGCCAAGACUAUACUGGAAAAUCGUCACCGUCAAAGCGUUUGUUACAGUACGUCCAGAAGGGCUCGGAGGGCGGUGCCGGCUCGUUCUGGCCAAAUCUUUAUGAGCUAUUGCAAAUCAUACCUCUGCAAACAUUGGCCAAGGUUGACCUACAAAAUACUGGCGAAGACAACAUCGGACUCGGAGGCGCCACGGUGUUGGUAGAGUCAUUCCAAGAGGGAUUGAACUCAAGGGAAGAGCCUCGUCAGAACCGGGCAGCUGCAUGGAAGUCCUACAUUGAUACUGGGAUAUGGCUCGCCCAUCUGCUGCCAGAAGAUAGUAGGACGGAAUUCUUGCGCAACAGACUAUCUCCUAUCCCAUUGCAAUACGUGAAGCCCGAACAGGAUCGACAGCAGUGGUCGCUUCCUGCCUUGGCGGCUGAAGCAAUCUGCACAGACUAUCUUGUCACUCUAGCAACGCAUGGAUAUCACGAGGAACUGGAACAUAUAGGAACGGCUAUGUCGGAUGACUUGCUCCAGGCUGUCAAGUUAUCCUGUCCAGAGCAGUCCCAGGAUUUCAGGGCUUCCCAAGAUGCAGUGUGCAGCCAAGCCGAGCGUCUUUCUGCCCUGGAGGCUGCGGUCCUUUCCCGAGUAGCGGAUUCGGAGCAUGAAACCCGGAUAUUGGCGACUUUCAAAAACGCCAACUCGGCCUUGCUUGAGAACUGUCUGGAAGUGUUGCGAACCCGAAAUGGUAAGCCCUAUGGAGCAGCUGGUGUCGUUGAGGAGACGAUUCGGAAGCUUCCCCAAAUUGCGCAAGGCUCUUCAGCUUUGCUGAAUUUCGUGCAAGUGGAUGCGCCUGAACUUCUGUUUUCGCCAUCUGGCGACCGCCUGAUCUCCAUUAUCUUGUCCUGUCGCUCGUGGGACGGGUUCGGUCCAAGCUUUGAGAGUGUCGUUGAGAGAGUCGCCCAGUUUGAACCUGGAUCGUCCAACGCGCAUGCUGUGCAGAAGCUUUUGUCAACCCUAGAUUUCAAGGAGGUGGGGGAUCAGAGCGGACUGCCUUCCUUGAUCAUGCGGGCUCUUGACCAAGCCUGCAGAGGUAGCAAUUUACACUGGUCAAUUGUUAUCGCGGUCCUUCAAAACAAGAGUUCCCACGGGCCUUUGACGGAUCAGGUGUUCAUGUCAAUUGUUGAUGCACUGUCUGAUGGAAGUAAAGUCAUCAACGCCUUGCACGGGCUUUCGCAAAUCGCGGGCUCCGUUCGGGAAGCUGUCCGUAGCUUCCAAAGUGGAAACAAUGGCUCCAAGCUGACCGGGAAAUUACUCUUCUUGGCGGAAUCUUCCGAUGAGGAAGUAUCCAACCUUUCUGAGUCGUUGAUCAAGACGCUGAAGGAUUCUAUCGUUAGCGAGACAAGUGCCAAGUCUAGCUUUGAGAUUCUCCAGCACAAUUUCGAUCAUGUCACUGAAGAAUCGCUCUCGAUCGAAUCGCUGCUGAUUAUCGCGGAAGAACUGCUACAUAACACCAAACCCGAAGAUGUUCGUCGUAUCGCGAAGGAUGUGCUACCUUCGCGCGAAACUUGGACCGCGGCAUUAGAACCCUUCCUCGACUUUCCUCUUCGAUCCUCAACUGUUAUCACCAGCCCACUGGGAGGCACUGUGCAUCUUAUUGAUCGUACCUUGUCAGAUACAUUCAAGGAACGCUAUGAAAAAGUGCCACGCGAUUCUAACCACUGCUCACCUGCGUUCCGACUGGUCUAUUUCACCACCAGGGUUCUUUCUCUUUUCAACAUCACGAUGGAUCUCGAUGCCGAAGAACUCGAAACCUUAUUCUUCAACAUUCCUCUGUCGGUCCAACUGGUCGACGAUGACUUGAGCAUUGAGAACUCUAACGGCAUCACUGGACUGAUUCUCCCUGAACAACGAGAGGAAUACAUGGCAGUCGUCAAUGAGGGCCGAAAGGUGAUGAGGGAUUGGACUGAGUCCGAAAGCGUUGCCCCCAAGAUAACUUCCUUCUGGCAAAGUAAACUCGGGGAGCUGGCUGGUCUUUCUCCAAGGGAUUAUCGGGUCGGCGAAGCUUUCACGAAGAUCAUGGACAGUGCCAGUCUGUCGUACAAGGCCAAAUCUCCGGAGGAGGUUACCAAACUUUGCCGAGAUACUCGAACGGCAAAUGCCAUCUGGUCCAGUUCUUGGGUUGCCGUUCUGCGAGACUCGAUCAUUUCCAAUCCUACCGGGACACGACUUUGCAAUGAGCUUGUCGCAGAUUCCACUGGAUUGAAACCAUCGGACGAGAAAAAUGAGGGUCUGCGAAAACUGGCGCUCUUGAAUCUUCUUAUACCCGGAGACGAAGACAUCGCAGCGUCUAUCCCGACGCAGCGUGUGGUGUUUCUAGUCAAGCAUCUUCUGCAGUGCCUUCAGUCUGAGGAAAUAUCUCUGGCUGUCCAGGGAGAAGUCUUCCAGACAUUGUCAUUCGUGCUACCCUGUAUCAGUGAAAUAUACGGGUCACACUGGGAAGAGUGCGUGGAGAUCCUCAGUAGGACAUGGCGAGACACAAACGCUGGCGAUGAAGCGCUGCCUGUCUUGUGUUCGUCGUUCCGACUUUUCUCUCGCCUGAAGGCAAUUGUCGACAACGAGGACAGCAAUGACGACGUGAAAGACGCCUGGUCUGAUAAGAAGGCGAUUUUGUUCAACAGCUUGACAUCGACGUUGAGAAAAUUUGAUUCAUCGACGAGUUCUUACCAGCCGCGGGAUGUCGCAGUCGACCUCCUCUGUCGCUUAAUCACCGUGAUUCCGACCGAGGGUCUCGAGGAAGUGAGCAAGUUCUUCCCUCUUCUGACAGCUCAGAGCCGAGCCGUGCAACGAGCAGCCUAUACCAUUCUCCAUCGCUACGUGCCAAGUACCCAGGAACAAGUGUCAUUCGACGUGGCUCUAUCCAAGUCGACUGUCCGACUUCCUAAUGAGUUGAUAUCACUGCUGCUUGAAGCGCCGAGCUCGGAAUCGAUAGCGCUCUCCGACGGCGAUGAUAGAAUGUGGGCAGAGGUCCGGUCAUAUUUGCUGAGCUGGCAAGUGGUCUUUGACCAUUUUGUCAACACGUCUGCUACGGUGGAAGAGCACUACGUGAACAGCAUCAAAGAGAACGACGUGCUCAUUCCGUUGCUGAACUUCACUUUUGAAUUUCUUGAGACGUCGAACGGAAAACUUGUGGACGCAUCCAAAUUUGAUAUUCGCUCGUUCGAACUCGACCAGUCGGAGACGGAUGAGAAAGAGAUCCAGUGGCUUCUGGUUCAUUUGUAUUACUUAUGCCUAAAGCACCUUGCCACCGUGACGAAGGGAUGGUGGAUUGACACGAAGAAGCGCAUCAAGGGGCCGGUAGAAAGCUGGACCGAGAGAUUCGUCUCGCCCCUGGUCAUUGCCGAUUCCUUCCAGAGCGUCACCGAGUGGGUCGCGACGCAAGACCCUAACGAGGAACGUGCAUUGGCGGUGAAGAUCUCGCCCAAGACGGCGGAAAUCAUCGCCAGCAUCCCAGUAGACGAGGAGUCGCCGCCGGUGUCAGUGUCGAUCUCUCUGCCCCCCGCAUACCCGCUGCAGCCGGCACUCGUGACGGGACGCAGCCGGGUGCUGGUGGACGAGCGGAAGUGGAAGGGUUGGAUGAUCACAAUCCAGGGGGUGAUCAUGUUCGCGAACGGAAACCUGGUCGACGGACUGCUGGCGUUCCGGAAGAACGUGCAGGGAGCCCUGAAGGGACAGAGCGAGUGCGCGAUCUGCUACUCGGUCAUCUCGACGGACAUGCAGACGCCGAACAAGCGGUGCGCGACGUGCAAGAACACCUUCCACUCGGUGUGUCUGUACCGGUGGUUCAAGAGCAGCAACCAGAGCAGCUGUCCUCUGUGCCGGAACAACUUCAACUUUGUGUGA